ACACACGCGCGCGCUAUAUGGGGCAUUGAGCGCAGCGAGGAGCCGCCAGACGCUCCGAGCCGCGGGACGUUUCUGACCGCAGACUGGAGGAGACAAGGAAACAACAACAGCCCCACAAUGUGCUGACUGGGCCACAGAGUCCUGAACACAAACAGAGAUGAUUCCCUUUUCUCCCUGAGGAACUGACCAAUCAGCAGUCAGGAUGAUGCCAAAGCAGCUGGCUCAGACCUCUCCAGGGAGUGUCUUGUCCCUCAGAGGGACGAGUGUCCCAGGAUCCCCUGCUGCCGCCAUUGUGGCCCGUGUGGAGGACGGGCUGAUUGGCUAUAAGGACCUGGCGGCGCUGCCGAGGGACAAAGCCAUCCUGGACAUCGAGAGGCCGGACCUGAUGAUGUACCAGCCGCACUACAGCUACAGUCCUCUGGAGAGGUCCUCGUCUCCUCGGUCCAUGUCCCCGCCGGCGUCCCCAGAGAACCUGUCCAAGGAGACCCGGGAGUGGCUGGAGUACCGGUCCCCUGGAGGUUCCUCCCCGGGUUCCACCAUCCAGACCAGCAGAACCCACAGCUCGCACACGCCCAGCGCAGCGCCGUCCACACCGCACACACCCACCGGGGCCCCGCCCCCAGCCCCGCCCCCAGCCCCGCCUCCACCCGCCAAGAGCAGCCUGCAGCACUUCCACCGGCCAGAAAACGGCUCAAACAUCUACAGGAAGCCUCCGAUCUACAAACAAGACGUUGCCCCGGUUCCUCAGGGGAGGCACAUGGAGGACCUCAUCAUCGAGUCCUCUAAGUUCCCGGCCGCUCAGCCUCCGGACCCGAACCAGCCGUCCAAGAUCGAGACGGAGUUCUGGCCCUGCCCCCCCUCCCUGGCUGUGGUUGAGAAGGAGAUGAGGAGGAAGGAGCCCCAGGACGCAGCGGAGGAGCAGGAGGAGGAGGACGAGCUGUGGGGGCUGCAGAGACAGCAGCUCAGCCAGAUCCAGUCCAACCUGGGACGGAUCAUCCUGCAGGAGGAGUUGGGGAAAUCCGCGGCUCCCCUGCGGAGGAAGACCCGGUCCCUGCCGGACCGCGGCCUGAACGCCGGCUCCGCCCCCUCCAGGUCGGUGUAUUUCCCAGCAUCCUCCAGGAGCGGCCUGUCCAGACUGCAGUCGGCGGAGUUCAACCCGGCGGAGAACCGUUCCGCAGAACUUCAGAACGGAGACUCCAGGAUGGACCGAGGGAACUCCCUCCCCAGCAUGCUGGAGCAGAAGGUCUACCCCUACGACGUCCUGGUGGUGACUCACAGAGGACGCAGGAAGCUGCCUCCCGGCGUGGACAGAACCCGGCUGGAGCACCACCUCUCUCAGGACGAGUUCUUCAGCGUCUUCGGGAUGUCCAUGGAGGACUUCGACCGUCUGUCUCUCUGGAAGAGAAACGACCUGAAGAAGAAAGUCUGUCUCUUCUGACGUCCCACAAUCCUCGGCUCUUCAGCGGAACACAAGCCGCCACCCCCGCCCGGCGCCCCUCCCCCGUCCCACCGCAUCUGCGAAGGAAGUGGUUCACAGUCCUGCUGCAGACGUUAGGUCACCGGUUCGAGCGCCGGACAUCACUCGAGCACAAACCUCCAGAACCCCAGAACCCCAGAACCUCCAGAACAUCCAGAACAUCCAGAACCCCAGAACCUCCAGAACAUCCAGAACCCCCAGAGACCUGUCAGCCGGCGGGACGCCGCUCACGCCGCGUUCCCAGACACCCACGCGGCAAAAAGCUCAGCUCAAGACUUCCAGAACUUUUACGAAGCGUCUUCAGCCGACGUGGAACCAACAUUCCUGCGGAGCCGACCGUUCACGCCUCCAAACGGGCCGUUCCGAUUGGCCCGGCCAGCGAUGAUGUCACAGUCUGACCGCAGCUCUUCUCGUGAAGAGUGAAAAUCUAAACUUUAUGAGGGUUUGUUUGUAAAAGGUGCCGAAGACGUUCUCCUGCCUGAACUCCACGUUCUGCUCAUCUGAAACUCACCUUUGUAUCGAUGGACCAAAGCAUUCAGGGACAGGAUCCGCUGAGGGACAGGGUCCGCUGAGGGACAGGAUCCGCUGAGGGACAGGAUCCGCUGAGGGACAGGGUCCACUGAGGGACAGGAUCCGCUGAGGCUACGGGCAAAUCCUGAUCUCUGAACUCAGUUCCAGCUUUUCUAACUUCAUGGUAAAAUGUUCCCAUUCGGCCGCAGAACAGUGAGAACCAAGCAGAACCUGGUUCCAUCCACAAGAAAACAGCCAGACUGGGAAAGAGGAACCGGCAGAGUCUGAAACCGGCCCAAACCAGUCCAGACCAGGUGAAAACCAGUCUGAACCAGUCCAAACCAGGCAAAAUACAGUCCUAACCAACCCAAAGAGGCUAAAACCAGCCCAAACCAGUCCAAACCAACACAAACCAGUCCAGACCAGUCUGAGCCAGUCCAAACCAGGCUAAAACCAGUCCAGACAAGGUGAAAACCAGCUCAAACCAACCAAAACCAGGCUAAAACCAGCCCAAAUCAUGUGAAACCAGUCUGAACCAGUCCAAACAAGGCUAAAAUCAGUCCAGACCACUUGAAAACCAGUCUGAACCAAUCUAAAUCAGGCUGAAGCCAGCUCAAACCAGUCCAAAGUACGUGAAAACCAGCCCAAACCAGUCCAAACCAGGCUAAAACCAGGAUAAAACCAGCCCAAACCAGUUUAGACCAGCUCAAACCAGGCCAAACCAACCCGAACCAGGCUAAAACCAACCCGAACCAGUCCAAACCAACAUAAAUCAGCCCACACCAGGUGAAAACCAGUCCGAACCAACCAAAAUCAGGAUCAAAACAGCUCAAACCAGUUCGAAACCAGUCUUAACCAGUCCCAACCAGCUCAAGCCAGUCUAAACUACCGUAGUUCAAACCAAGACAAACCAGUCCAAAUCCAGCCAAAACAACAAAAACCAGUCCAAAACCAGUCUCAACGAGCCCAAACCAUGACAAACCAGGGUAAAACCAGUCCAAAACCAGUCCAAACCAGGCUAAAAUCAGUCCUGGCCAGGUUAAAACCGUUCCAAAAGCAGUAGACACCACUUCAAAAGUAGUCCAAGUCAGGCUGAACCAACCCAAACCAGGAUCAAACCAGUCCACAAUCAUUACAAGUCAGGCUGAACCAGUCCAAGCCGGCUAUAGAAGGCCAAAGCCCGACUGGAGUCUGAACACCAGCACCGAACUCGACCAGAACCAUGAAGCCAGACUGAACCGCCAGAUGUUAGCUGGAGGAGGACCAGGACCAGGAGUGUGUGGACGGAUCGCUCUGGUCUGGUCCUGGUCCGGGACGAUUCCAACACUUUCAGAGGAUCUUCAGUCUCUAUCGAAUGUAUUUGCUUUCGAUCCAGAAUGUUUGUGCAGAUUCUUCGAUGCCAAAUGAAGCCGACAGCUCCGACCCGCCGGGACGACGCCGGGACCGUGGUGGAGCAGCCAAACCCCCUCAGAGCCGCACAACUCAGACCAGAACCAGAACCGUCACGGACUGGACUCCUUCUGAGGGGCUGAGGACCCUCGCGGACCAAUCCUCAGACCCCCCUGGAACCUCUGCCAAAUGGCCUUGGACCCCAGGUCCCGGACCCCAGGUUCUGGACCCCAGGUCCCGGACCCCAGGUUCUGGACCCCAGGUCCUGGGAACCACAACACAAAGCCACACCUUUAUUGAGUCUGAGCAUCUUUCUGUGUGAACAUUUUUAUUCUCUGAAUGUUCCUUUAAACCCAAGUGUGGCCACACACACACACACACACACACACACACACACACACACACACACACACACACACACACACACACCUCUCCCUUCACCUGUAUCACUUUAUUAUACGGCCUUGUUGACACGGCAACGCUUCGAAAACAAUGUCCGUUUCCAUGGAAAUGGCAGAAAGUUUCCCAGAAGAUUCUGGACUGGGACCAGGUCCAGGCCUAAGUCCAGAUCCAGGACCAGGACCAGGACCAGAGCUUCAUUUUUCCCGUUUCCAUGGAGACGGAAGCAGCACAUUUUCAGAAGUUUCCACUCUGGAACCAUUUUCAAGUAGAUGGUUUUCAGUGACCGAAACCCAAAAGGAUAAUUCUGCUUUGUGGUGCAAACUGAGGCCGAGGGCCCGAGACCAGGACGGAGGAGGAGGAACACCGGUCACUUCAUGUUAACUCUGUGAGGACCGGCCGGCGCCUCGCUCUGAUUGGUCGGUGAGGUGAGGACCGGCCAGCGCCUCGCUCUGAUUGGUCGGUGAGGUGAGGACCGGCCAGCGCCUCGCUCUGAUUGGUCGGUGAGGUGAGGACCGGCCGGCGCCUCGCUCUGAUUGGUCGGUGAGGUGAGGACCGGCCGGCGCCUCGCUCUGAUUGGUCGGUGAGGUGAGGACAGGCCGGCGCCUCGCUCUGAUUGGUCGGUGAGGUGAGGACCGGCCGGCGCCUCGCUCUGAUUGGUCGGUGAGGUGAGGACCGGCCGGCGCCUCGCUCUGAUUGGUCGGUGAGGUGAGGACCGGCCGGCGCCUCGCUCUGAUUGGUCGGUGAGGUGAGGACCGGCCGGCGCCUCGCUCUGAUUGGUCGGUGAGGUGAGGACCGGCCGGCGCCUCGCUCUGAUUGGUCGGUGAGGUGAGGACAGGCCGGCGCCUCGCUCUGAUUGGUCGGUGAGGUGAGGACAGGCCGGCGCCUCGCUCUGAUUGGUUUGCUGUGAGCGAUGUUGCGAUGACACACGGAUUGUUGCGUGUUCUUGCGUUUGUAGACUUUGCGGUGUCGGGUUGGUUUGUUUCGUCUCUUUCACUCGCAGGACGGCUUCAGUCGGGAGACUCUGAGCCUCCAGCAGCCGUUUGUAAAUAAACCAGUCGCCGUUUUUCUCGUGGUAGAAGCAGAAACACUGAAUGUACCAAACCUUUUGGGUUUCCCUGGUAGUUUUCAGCUUGACAGAAAAUGCACAAAGGUCACCUGGGGUCAGAGGUCAGUCGGAGUCAGGGGUCAGAGGUGAGGGUCCGUGUGAAGCCGUCCUGCUGCUGUACAUACUGAACCACUGAAUGAUGAAUAUCUUGCUGUUUUCAUGUGUGGAUGCUGUAACAGAUGAACGGCGACGCCAGAGACGAGCCGGGAGUCACAAUAAAGAGUGUUUCUAUUCCUCCA